AUGGAUCUUCAAGCAAAUAUUGUUACCUUCAUUUCUUUCCUAUCUUUCCUGAUUCUCACCCUCUCUCAAGCUCAAAAUUUGCCACCGUUUCACCAAGAAUAUGGUCCAUUUAACGAAACUUAUUAUAACAUCUUUGAUGUAGAAAGCCCUGCCACAAUCAGCAACAAAGCCCUUCAGAUUACUCCAGAUUCUAUCAAUGGCAACUUCACUCUAGCAAACCGGUCUGGUCGCGUGUUGCUCAAUAGGUCCUUUAUGCUCUGGGAAGAUGAUGGGAUUAGUGCAGCAAAAGUGGCGUCUUUCAAUAGUUCUUUUCUUAUUAACAUCUUUCGAGUCAACGACUCCAUACCUGGAGAAGGGUUUGCCUUUCUCAUAGCUCCAGACCUUGUACUGCCGGAGAAUAGCAAUGGGAAGUAUCUUGGUUUAACAAACUCUACUACCGACCGCAAUCCGGCCAAUGGCAUAGUUGCCAUUGAGCUUGAUACUGUCAAGCAGGAAUUUGAUCCUGAUGAUAAUCACAUGGGUCUUAACAUCCACAGUGUCAUUUCUCAAAAGACCGUUUCCCUUGCCGACUUGGGCAUUGAAAUUGCCCCUGUGGGUGGCAGGAAUCAUAUGGUUUGGGUUCAAUAUGAUGGGAACAGUAAAAGCAUGGAAGUGUUUAUGGCUGAGGAAGGAAAGGGCAAGCCUGCCAGGCCGACUCUGACCGCGGAACUUAACCUCCAGGAACUCGUCCGACAGAAUUCUUACUUCGGUUUUGCUGCAUCCACUGGAAGCAAUUUCCAGCUCAACUGUGUCCUUAAUUGGAACCUGACAGUAGAGAUGCUAUCUGAGCCGAUUUCAAAUGGUAGUGGUAGCAAUAAGAAGGUGAUAAAGAUCUAUAUAGGAGUUGGGGUUGCUCUAUUUUCAUUGCUCCUCAUUGGGGUAGGAAGUUUGGUCUACUAUCUUCACAAGAAGAAGGCAGCAUCGAAUCCUAAUCUGUUAGGUGCCCUUAAGAGCUUGCCUGGAACGCCGAGGGAGUUCUCAUUCCAAGAUCUGAAGAAGGCCACCAAUAAUUUCGAUGAGAAGCAUAAACUUGGUCAAGGUGGUUAUGGUGUGGUCUACAAAGGUGUGCUGUCAAAAGAGAACAUCCAAAUUGCUGUCAAGAAAUUCUCUAGAGACAACAUCAAGGGUCAGGAUGAUUUCUUAUCUGAACUUACUAUCAUUAACCGUCUCCGCCAUAAACAUCUUGUCCGGUUACUUGGCUGGUGCCACAAGAAUGGAAUGUUGCUUCUAGUGUAUGACUACAUGCCAAAUGGGAGCUUGGACGCUCACAUAUUCCAUGAGGCUGAGGAGAAUACCAUCCUAGAGUGGAACUUAAGGUACAGGAUCAUAUCAGGUGUUGCAUCAGCUCUGCACUACCUCCAUAACGAAUAUGAUCAAACAGUGGUGCAUCGCGACCUCAAGGCCAGUAACAUCAUGCUGGAUUCUGAGUUCAAUGCUCGGUUAGGCGAUUUCGGCCUGGCACGCGCAUUGGAGAAUGAGAAGACCUCCUAUGCUGAGCUAGAGGGAGUGCCUGGAACCAUAGGCUACAUUGCACCAGAAUGCUUCCACACCGGCAAGGCCACCCGCGAGUCCGAUGUCUAUGGCUUCGGCGCAGUGGUUCUAGAGUUAGUGUGUGGCCAGCGGCCAUGGACCAAGAUUGGAGGCUUCCAAUUCUUGGCGGACUGGGUUUGGUCUCUACAUCGCGAAGGGCAUAUCCUGGAGGCUGUGGAUGAAAGGCUGAAAAAUGACUAUGUUUCUGAGGAAGCAGAAAGGCUGCUGCUACUUGGACUAGCUUGCUCCCAUCCUAUUGCCAGCGAAAGGCCUAAAACACAGGCCAUCUUUCAGAUUGUAUCAGGAUCAGUGCCGGUGCCGCGCGUGCCGCCUUUCAAGCCAGCAUUCGUUUGGCCUGCUGCCGUCGGGAGCAUUGACUUCGACACUAAUUCAGCGGAUACUACUCCCAUUACAUCUGGUUGGACCCCUCAAUACAUCAGCAGGGAAAGUAUUGUUGCUGGAGAAUACACAGACUCUCCUGUAAGUCCUGUCUAG